AUGCUGGAGUGCUCGAUUCUUGUCCGGCCACUGACCUACUUCCUGACUCAAUACGUGCGGCAGCCAUUUGUCGAGAUUGUUCGACCUUCUAAUUUUAAUGUACAUUACAUUUUUCAUCUUCAACGACGACCUAUCUACUACAUAACGGUGAUCGUGGCGCCAACGUUCCUGAUUUCGGCCCUAUCGAUACUCGGAAUCUUCUCACCCGGUUCAAGCGAUGGUCCACGAAACGAGAAGGUUUCUCUGGGGCUUGGAAGUCUCCUUGCAAUGACCGUGCUACUUGGAAUUGUCGCCGGAGCAAUGCCAAAAAGUAAUUCUAUUCCUCUCCUUGGGUACUACAUCCUAAUCGUGAUUCUUCUAUGUGCCAUUGCAGUCAGUAUUUCUAUGGCUUUCCUUGCCAUCAGCAGGCAGUACAUACAAAAAGGUGAUGAUUAUUGUACUCAGAACGUACACUCAAGAUGGGUAACCCUAUCAGAUAUCCUAUUGCUACCCAUAUACCGAGUGCCUGGAUAUUUACCGGAGGAGCACUUACAAGCAGUGUGA